GUUGCUAUUAGAGAGCCCUAUACAAUACAAAAUUAUAAUUGAAUGAUGAAAGUGGAGGCACAAUUCUUAAUCAUCAUUCACCAAAGUCAGAAACAACAGAGUGGUCCUUCCAAAGGAGAAAUGCCAGGGCCUCAGUACUGUCUCUUCCUUUGUUUCCAUCCUCUCAUACUUAUCUGCAAAACAAAAACUCACAUACAGAUUUUACGUAUACAUUUACAUAUACAUGUAUACACACAGAGAGAUCAUCUGCAAAGAUAGAGGAGGCCGAUCUCUGCCAUUUUUGCAGGCUCUCUUCUCCAUUCUCGUGUCGUGACUUCAAACAUACAAAAACACACACUACAGUCUCUGAUCUCCUUACUGGAUAAAUCUGGGUAAUCCCAAUUCAUGAUUAGGGUUCUGUGCCUUCAAUCUUCUUGAUACACGUACACCUAUAUAUAUAUAUAUAUAUUCACUUUCCUCAUUUAGCUAAUUGCCUAGCCCUGCUACAAAAUCUCUGUUCUUCAUAGUUCCCUACGCCUAUGGGAGUCUUCUUCACUCUACUCGAUAACUUCAAGGUUGGAACUUUUAAAUAGGUUUCCCACAUAGGCUUUUUAAAGUUUCUUUUCUUGUAACCUAAUAUUCUAGAUUUUAUUUCUUUUGGCAUUUUUCCCAAAAGGAGCCUACUUUAAGCACUUUUUAGGGUUUAAGGCUUUUCUACUCUCUUUUCUAUUGCUAUUUCAAGUUUUUAUCGAUUCAAUUUCUGUUCCAAUCGAUUGCAACAUUUUUUUAAAGAAUCCCGAUCUGGGUUUUUGGUAUUUCUUCGAUUUGUUCUCAAUUCUUGUUUGAUUUGUUUUUUUUUCUUCUUCUUCUUCCGUUGUAUGCUCUGUUCUUGUUUCUUUCCGACAAAGUGAUUGAAUUCAUCUGGAACCCAGAAACCAUGUCCCUGAAUAACUGAAUUUUGGGUUUUCGAUAUAUAUUUCUUCAUUUAUUUGAAUGCGUAGAUGAAUUUUGGGGUCAAUUGAGUUUUUGAAAGCUCAAAAUGUCAUCGUGUUUAGGUUCAAGAGCUUGUGGGUUUGAUAUUGAUCAAAUGAUCAAAUGGCCACGUACUAGUACUACUUCCAGUAAAACAAUUUCAAAUUCUUCGUCCCCAUCUUCAACCUUAUCGGAAUCAAGCAAUUCUCCGAUUGCAAUUUCCACUCGAAAGCCACGAGCACCUCGAAAACGACCAAAUCAAACUUACAAUGAAGCAGCAGCUCUGCUGUUCAUGGCAUGUCCCAAUAUUUUCAACACCAAGCACCUCACAAAACGAACCAAUAACUUACCCACGUUCUCCAAACAACAUUGUGACCUGUUCAACGAGCUACCUGAAUUAAUCUUGCCAUAUCCGUCGAUUGAAAACUCCGGGAUCCUACUCCGGCAACGAAAUACUGAGAAGCCCUGUUUGUUCGUCGAGCCCAAGUUUCAGAGUACAGGGGAACUCGAAAUCGAAUCGAAUUGUGUUUCUGUGGAAUUGAGCGAUGAGGGUCUUGAUGAUUUUGAUACUCAGUCUCUUCUUGAUGAGGAAAUUGAACAGGGGAUUGAUAGUAUCAUGGGGGAUUCGAAUUUGGUUUUAGUAAACGAUGAAUCAAAUGAUAUUGUUUCAACAGAUGCCAACACCAGCCAUGGCUACCCAAUGGGGCUGGGAUUCGGGGCUAGAAACGGAGUGAAAGCAUUGAGAAACGGCGAUGAAGGAAACUGGUGGAGGAUUCCGAUGGUGGACAUGGUGGAUAUUACACCGGCGCCACCGGUGAAAUGUGAAAAAUCUCCAAUCGGAAAGAAGAAGAAAAAGAAGAAAGUGGACGAAUUGAUGAAGUCGGAAAAUGGGGAUUUUGGUACCCGAAAGCAGCGGUUGCUACUGAAAUUGAAUUACGAUGCCGUUUUGAAUGCUUGGUCGGACAGAGAGUCGCCGGUGCCGGAGGAAAUUUCACAGUCGGCGUCUCCGGGAGACGAUGUACAUGAGCAACCAUUUAGCUGUCCAUAUUUUCUACUUUUGGAGUGUUUUACCAACUUUAUGGAUAUAGCCAUGUUAAAUGUCUGCGGACCACAUCUGUAG